CCUCCCGGCCCCAGCCCGGGCGAACCCGUGUCCCCCGCGGCCGGGCUCACAGCGCCCCCGACCCGGCGCUGCGCGGGGAACCCUGCGCCCUGGCCCCGCGCCCUGGCGAGGUGCGCGCGUCCUGCGCCCCCCUUGCGCGCCGGCCCCGCGCGUCUCUACGCGCGGACUACGGCUCCCAGGAUGCAGCGGGCGCGGAGCCCUUUGUCUCUGCCCCCGGCGACGGCCGAUCGGGCUGGGGAAGUUCCCGAGUCGGCGGCCAUAGGGGAGCCGGGCGCAGCCGGGGCGCAGCGCGCAGCGGGCUCCGGGCGCAUUGACAUGGAAAGCCGGUCUCAGAUGGAGCGAGGGGACAAGCUGCAUGUGGGCGAUCGCAGGGAAAUGAGAGAGAGGGGAAUGCCGGACACCUGCGGCGCAGGUUCUGCUGACAUCAGCCCCAAGGUGUUUAUUAAAACGGAGCAGGAAGAGGAGCCGUGCGCGGGGGCACCCCCAGAGCAGGGAGAGAGAGGAAUUCGCCAGGCCCCCAGCACAGGCUGGCCUGACGUGAAGCAGGAGAUUGUGGUGAAAGUGGAGCCAGACGACGAGUCAUAUGUGGGGUAUCCCCAGGGCCUGGGCGACCGAGACCUCCCUGGCUACCCCAGCACUGGUAUCAAAGCAGAGAUCAUCGUCAAAACGGAGCCCGAGGACGACUCCUACGGCGAGUGUGGCCAGCAUUACUGUGAAGGAGACGGUCCCGACGACCCCUUCUGUGACGCAAACCCGGAGCUUAUCGUGAAAGUGGAGCCAGACGAUGAGUCAGCCAUUGGGUAUCCCCAGGGCCUGAGCGAAGGUGGAAUUCCUGGCUACCCCAGCCCAGGUGAUGGGAGCAGGGGUGCCAGCGAGCAGAAGCACCCUGGGGAAGAGCCAGAGGAUGUGAAACCAAACAAGGCUUUGCUGAUGAGAGGCUUAGAGGCUGCUUCCCCGGGCUUGCUCAGGACAGAACCCAGCAUUAAUCACUGGAAAGUGCAACACGCCCAGGGAAACAUCAUGGCGCUCCAGAGACCCACAGUGACUGUGGAGGGGCCGCAGACAACCCCUGAGCCCAAGGGAAAGGUGCCAACGGCCCCGACAAGCAACCCCAGCCAGAAAUCCCUUUCGGCCUCUGACCGCAGGGGGGCUGUGGCCACCAGCACCGAGCCGGUGAAACGCCCGCGAGCCCACGCUGCCGAGCGGCCGUUCACGUGCACCGAGUGCGGGAAGAGCUUCCAGCACCGGGGAAACCUCAUCACUCACCUGCGGGUGCACACGGGCGAGAAGCCCUUCACCUGCACCGAGUGCGGCAAGAGCUUCAGCCAGAAGGGCGACCUGAUGCGGCACCAGCGCAUCCACACGGGCGAGAAGCCCUUCGAAUGCAACGUGUGUGGGAAGAGCUUCUGCUCCAAGCAGACCUUCAUCCUGCACCAGCGCAUCCACACCGGGGAGAAGCCCUUCUCCUGCACCGAGUGCGGCAAGUGCUUCAACCGCAAGGCCAACUUCAUCACCCACCAGAAGAUCCACCGCGGGGAGCGCCCCUUCGUCUGCGCCGAGUGCGGCAAGGGCUUCUGCGCCAAGAAGACCUUCAUCCUGCACCAGAAGAUCCACAUCGGGGACCGGCCCUUUGGCUGCUCCGAAUGCGGCAAGAGCUUCAGCCGCAACGGGGAUCUGACCCGGCACCAGCGCAUCCACACCGGGGAGCGGCCCUUCGCCUGCGCCGACUGCGGCAAGUGCUUCAGCCACAACGGGGAGCUGAUCAAGCACCAGCGCAUCCACACCGGGGAGAAGCCCUUCACCUGCACCGAGUGCGGCAAGAGCUUCAACCGCAAGGGCACCCUUAUCACCCACCAGCGCAUCCACACCGGGGGAGCGCCCUUCGUCUGCGCCGAGUGCGGCAAGACCUUCAACCUGAAGACCACGCUGAUGAAGCACAAGCGGAUCCACACGGGGGAGCGGCCCUUCACCUGCGUGGAGUGUGGCAAGAGCUUCAAGUACAAGGGCAACCUGCGGACCCACCACCUCACCCACACGGUGGAGCGGGUCUACCCCUGCACCGAGUGCGGGAAGAUCUUCAGCCACAAGAAGGAGCUGACGGUGCACCAGGCCGUCCACACGGAGGAGAGACUCUUGUCCUGCUACGGAGACGGGGAGUCGUUCAACCCCUUCCUCCAGAUGCACCCGCUUCUACUGUCUGUGCCCCAAGCCAAAUGCCUCUGGAAGCCUUAACGCAGUGUACAUAAGGAGGGAGUUACAGACAUGCUACGUCCCCUGAGCAGGAGCAGAGGAGGAGCAAUGCUGUAAUUUAGGAUUUGGACAUGCCGUGGUGCUGAUGAAAUAACAGGCUCCCUGGCACAAGGAGCUCCCAGGCUGAAGGCCUGCGCUGACGAACCAACCGUGCAUCCCUAAGGAAAACACAACUGCACAUUCCCUGCACAACGCAGCUCGAAUUCCAAUGAAAACAAGGGCCCGAGUCUUGCCCUGAAGGAUGCCAACGCUGUAGUACUAAUCCCAUUUGCUGGGUUGGACGUAACCCCCAGAGGUGCUAGAGAACGUCUGGCAGGAGGGACGGGAGAUUUCUGGGAAGGGAUCUGGCUUAUGGAGCAGCGCUUGGAGGGCGUUGGGAAUGACAUGGCCCGGGUUGACCGAUGUGGGGUCUUCAUCUUACUACUGAAAGGAGCGGAGGGUGCUAGCAGGACUCUCCUGCCCGUUCCUGUGUGGAGCAAACACGGGAGCGUCGUGCUCAUUGGGAUAGUUCUGGCGAAGACCAGUGGUUUCUCAGGGCGGGGGGUGCUGUGCCGUGUGUUGUUGUUAGGUCAGGCCCAGUGGGUACUGUGGGGCGGGCGAGACUUUGCUACUGCGCUGUAGUUAUGGCUUAUGCCAGCAGCUCCUCAGUGGAGCUACUGGACAGACCUGACGGACAGCGCCUGUUCCAGCCGGGCCGGUGACAGUCUGGGAAAUGAAAGAAAACCUCAGUCGAGUGUGGACUUGAGGACUCCAGGUGCAAUGCCCUGGAGCAAUAAUUACUGUAGUGCUCUUUCCUCUCUGUUCUCUUACUGACUAUUUACCCACCAGGAGUGUGCGCCGGGCUUCACAACUGCGUACGGCCUGAUCCCUGACCUGAGAAGUGACCAUCUCACUGAGACCACCUAGAGAUCUGACAGAGAUUCACAGAGUCCUAGGGCUGGGAGGGACCUCGGGAGGUCGUCUAGUCCCGUCCCCUGCACUCCCGGCAGGACUAAGUAUUAUCUAGACCAUCCCUGGCAGGUGUUUGUCCAACCUGCUCUUAAAACCCUCCAGUGACAGAGACUGGUUAGAGCUGGAAAAGACCGAUUGGUCAUUUUGCCCAUUCCUAGCCAAUGCAGGGUCGGGCUCUACUCUGUAUUUUCUAGGAAUAUGUCCAGCCUGUUAACCCUCUCCAGCGAUGGGUCGCCCCUCGCUCCCUUGUGAGGUCCGUGCACAGUCUAAUAGACACUGACUACUUCUCAUCUUGUGUGAAAGGGACUUGGGUUUAGUUGCUAGUUUGUAGUUAGGCAAAGGGUCAUUUUAACGUUAAAAUUUGUCGUUCUCCGUGUGGAUAGCCUAGAAUCCUAGUUGUUAGAUUUGGAAAAGAACUAAUAAGUCUUCUAAUAAACUCUAGUACUUCUCCCUGGCACUGCACGCCUGUUCCCUCCAGUGCUUGGUCCGUCUAACUGUACGUGUCCCAAACUCUGGGGUGUCACCUCUCUGGGGGGGUGGUUCCACAGCCUGAAACGUCUCCCCCUUAGGAAGUUUUUUUCUGACAUUCAGCUUUAAUCCUUGAUUUCGUCCAGUCAUCCCCACCUUGAACUACUGUAAAAUUCUCUCUCCCGUGCCCGCCCCCCCGUGUUUCCCCCGGAUUGUUAUCGGGUCCCGUCAGGUCACUGCUCAGUGAAGCUGGACCUACUUGUCUCUUUUGCUCAUUCCUCACCAGUCAAUCCCUUGUGCCCCCAGAUCACAUUGUGGCUGUUCUCUGAACGGGCCAUCGGUAUUUUUCCAGCUCUCCUGAGGAGCCCUGAACAGCAUGCCGUCUCCAGUGGGGUUAUCCCAAGGCAGAGAGAUGGGGGCUGUCACCCCUUUGCUCCGUUACACAAAGCCUCUGUGUAUUGGCCUUUUCAGGUGCCAGGAUGGACUGGAAGCUCCUGUCUAAUCUGCUGCUGUCCACUGUCUUCCCCCAGGUCCCGAUCAGUGUUUCCUGCUUCCUGGAUUCUUUCCUUCCCACUGACUCUCUGCAGGGCAGAUGCUGCUUCCCUAAUAACAUGCUCUUACUGCCUCUGCUAGGUGAUUUGUGAAGAAAUGGCAUAAAUCAGGAGCUCCCAGUAACACAGCCGUGGCACCCGCUGAGCACCUGCUCCCAGCUCCGUCCCGUGGCCUGUUGUUAUUACUCUUGGCUAACACGUCUGCAGCCAGCGUUCAGUCCGUGGGAUGGUCUCUGCUGACGCUGGGUCAGCCGGGACAGUACGUUUUGAUGAGAUGCUCUGUCAAGUGCUUUACUCACAACCAAGUGUGUCUUAUCUCGCGCUUUCCCUCCACCCGCUAACUGUCCGAACAAGCAAUCCGGGCACUGCCUUCUGCUGCUCCCUGCCCCAGGCGCCUUCUGGGGGCGGGAACGAAGACACCCUGGCUCUCCCUGCUCCAGCCUGUGCUGCGCUUUUCCCACCAUGGCCGAGACGGGCUCGGGGCUGGAGUGCUUGAGAAAACGGAGCGUCCGUGGGGUUGGUCUGCCAGGUUCCGGAUGAAGAACUGACCGAGAACCACAACGAGGAGGAGGGGAUGGGAUGUGGAGACAGAGUCCCCUGUUGGGUCCACUCUUCCCCCACCCCCAAACCCAAAUCCCUCUGUUGUUAAAGGAGCCCCGGGGGGCAGGCGCUAUGCGAACAUUUCACGAUCCAGCCAUUUCACGUCAACUUGUGAUUUACAGACACCGUGUGAAGGGCGUUGGUUUGGGCCAAGUGAGUGACUGGGGGAAAAUGGCAGCCAAAGGGACUGGCCGGAGUCAGGGUGGAAUGAUUGGUGCGUUGGUCCAGGAGACCAAAAUCCCCCAUGGGGGAAAGGAGAACAAGGGGGAUUUCUAUAGGGCUGAAGUGGUGUCUAGGCCUGGUCUGGCUCUGUAUCGGGUUGUGCUCACCACCCACGGUGCCUCCUACCGGUUGCUAUGGGAAUUCGCUCUGUCCAGCAGGGCACCCUCCUCUUGUAGUGUCUCACUCUCUGUCACUGCUUCUCCACCGUCUCCGCUGUCUGGGACUCCCGGACUGUGGCGUCCUCUUCAGGGCACGGCCCUCCGGCUGUGCCCCAACUCCGUUGUCUCCCCGCUUCCAGGGAUCCCGCAGUCCUUCGCCCAGCUUCUCGCCGCAAUGGACUAGAGCGCCUAGUCCAGCCCCUUGCUCAGGGGCAAACUGCAGUCCUUUGGCUGGCCACUUCCCUCAGCGGCCAGUGGGGCAAAAGGGGGCGCCCAGGCCUGCCCACUACUCUGGGCCCCAACCCACGGACCCUCUCGCUGGCAGCUGCUCAUGGCCUCUCCUUCCCCUCUGCCGCUACCUGCUUUCCCUGGGCCACUUCUCCAUAGCCCCAGCACCUACUCGGCCCCUGUGUCAAGGACGCAGUCUGGGAGCCAGCCGGGCUGGAGCGCCACUUGCUCCCCCGACCCUGCCCAGCACGGCUCUGUCGCACGCACUUCUCUCUGCGGGCAGCCAGGCCUCCUCCCUCAAGCUCCAGGAGAGACUGAGCUCCUCGCUGCCCUGCAGCCCUUCUUAUAGGACCCAGCCUGGCCCUGAUUGGCUGCUUCUAAGCCUUCCUCUGGUUGGCUGGGUUCUGCACAGCCACUCCAAGGGCUGCUGUUAACCCUUUGCCAGCCAGUGAGGGGCCGCUGCCCCGUCACAGGCUCCUCUGCACAGGGUGAAUUUCACCCCUCACUAAAUCAUAUUUUCAGGACCCUUCUUUUCUAGCGGGUGCUGAGAGCCGGGGUCCAAUAGUUAAAGUCUCUGAAAUAAUUUGCUAGGAAGCAGCUUGUUCCCAUCUCCCUUGUGAAAGGAAUUUCCUCUGGUCCCAGCUCAGGGUACCCCACAAAUGCCUUCAAAGUUAUUCACCCAGCUAAACUGAGGACGAGUUAGCAAGGGGUGAAACUCCUCUUUGCAGAUGCUGCCACCGCUAAAGGAGUUUUGGCUGCUAGAAUCUCAUCUGUGACUCAGAGUUUGAAGAGAGGUUGGAUGACAAUAAACCAGGCAGGAGCUGUGGGUCUGGCCCUGUCAGAUUUAUAAAGGGAGUGGCUGGUUCUUUACUAAUAUGGUUAUUUUGUUGCCUAUUGACUCAUUUAUUUGUAACUUCCUUUUGGGCUGUUUGGACAGAAUUCUUCACUGACCUCUUCUGCAUGACCUUGCUAGCAAUAGAUAGCAAAUUAAUCGGUGUGUGUGGUGUAUAUUCUGCAAAUGUAUUUGUAUGUAAAAUUACUCUCCUGCCAUUGGUUAUUGGGCUCCAAUCCUGGGCUUUCCGGUGUCAAAUGGGAAAAUUCCCCUUGGGGUCAGGACAGGGCCCACUGAUGGUAUUUAUAAUUCUUAUGCAAAAAUCUUCCCCUCUGACGAUUCUUAUUGUGACAAUAGGGUCAUUGUGCUGAGAGGUUGUGUAGCCUAGAGCAGUGGUUCUCAAACUUAUUUGAUUGGGCCCGCCUUCUUUGUGUCUGUGGUUGUUUGUGCCUCCCCCCCACCGCCCCCCAGGUACAUAUAUCACUACCCAGCUCUGAAGCACAGAAGUAAGAGUGGCAAUGUGGAAAGUGACUUUUCACAGCAGACUUAGCGCCCCAGUGCCAUCCUUUCUUCUGCUGCCGCCCCCCUGGGGCUGACAGAUGGAGCCCCGCCACCUCCAGGUGAGGGAUGGGGGUCGGGGACAAGGAGUGCCCAAGUCCAGGCUGCUUCCUGGGGAGGGAUUGGGGAGAGCCCGGGCCUGGGUGGCUCCGCACCUCCCGGGCGUGCACGGCCCUUCUGCACAAGCCCCAGCCACCUGGGGCUGUCAGCCCCAGCUCUUAUUAAAAAAAACAAAAAAAAGCUCACAGCUUGUGCCUCCCUUGGGCGGCCCACCCCAUAGUUUGAGAACUGCUGCCUAGCCUUUGGGAACUCCUGGAAUCCAGGGCUCCUGAGGUCUAAUCCUGGCUCUGGACUUAAGCUCUCAGUCUCAGUUCCUCCAUCUGUAAAAUGGGGAUAAUAAUACUUACUGCGCCUACCUCACAGGGGUGUUGUGAGGGUAGCUAAUCACCGGCUGUUUGAACAGUGCUUAGAAGAGACUGUAGAGCACGUGGCCGGAAGACUAAGUAUUAUUAUUGCUGUGGCCUGGGGCCUGCUCUUCACUGGGGACCGGAUGUGUAAGAAUUUCUCCAGAGACGCCCUUAGAUUGCCGUAGAGCAAGGUCCAUGUGUAUUUAUAUUUUCAUUCUUUUUCCUAAUCUAGAAACUAAUAAAAGGUUAGAAAUGAAACAAAUGAAAUGAAAUGCA